GGCGCGACGGAGUUGGCAGAGUACGAACGGCCGCCCUUCCGAGCGAGUUAGGUGGAGGCUGGUGGCUGGCUUGCAGCCUAGGUUUUCCGACCGGACUGGAUGGGCCGAGAUCCUCCGACGAGUGCCCUGUGUGCGUCUGUACUAUACUACUAUAGAAUGAUGUGCGUGACGAAGAAGUGUGCCUGGAUGUAUGGAUGUGCGUGUGGUCCGGUGCUGUUGUCCUUCCCCCAUUAAAUUAAACUAGUAAUAUACAAAUAAGGAAAAUAAUCGAAAAAAAAACUGACUAAGGCUGCAUCGGAAUUGAACCCCUCCUCUGAAAUCAGGGCAGGAAAUCUUAGAGCUCCUAGAGGAUUAUUUCGGCGGAGGCGCCGGGCCAUAAAAGCAAGGAGAAUCAGCAAUGAGGUUGCGCUAGCUGAAGGUAUGGGAUCGUCGGAAUGGGAAUGUGUACUGACCCAGGGGGCAAGUCUCGUCCACUGACAGGCAUCACCAAUAUAUUGCUAGCUGCUGUCUUUGCCUUCCUGGCCGUAUUUACAGACAUCGGCUUGUGCUUUCAAGAUGCCGUUCAUAUCACAGCAAUAUUGGGUGAGUCGGUGGUGUUCAAUUGCCACGUCGAAUUCCCGGAAGGACAUCCGGUGCCAUUUGUGUUACAGUGGGAGAAGAAGGUAGGCGAAACGGACAUUCCCAUCUAUAUUUGGUAUGAGAGCUAUCCGACCCACAGCGGCGAGGGAUACGAGGAAAGGGUGUCACGGGUCUCACCGGACUCGCCCUACGGAGCGGCAUCCCUUAACUUGACCAAUAUUCGAGAGUCCGAUCAAGGAUGGUAUGAGUGUAAGGUGGUGUUCCUCAAUCGGUCGCCCAACUCGCACAAGAACGGCACAUGGUUCCACCUCGACGUCCACGCUCCACCACGGUUCAUCCAAACCCCAGAAGAUACAAUCUACGUGAAUUUAGGAGAUGCGAUCAUCUUGAAUUGCCAGGCAGAGGGUACGCCGACCCCCGAAAUCCUCUGGUAUAAAGAUGCAAACCCCGUAGAUCCAUCUGCGACUAUAGGAAUCUUCAACGAUGGCACCGAGCUGCGGAUCUCAAACAUACGGCACGAAGACAUCGGCGAUUACACGUGCAUCGCCCGCAACGGCGAGGGUCAGAUCUCGAACACUGCCCGCGUGAUCAUAGCCGGCGGUGCCGUUAUCAUGGUGCCGCCGACCAAUCAGACAAAACUCGAGGGUGAAAAGGUGCAGUUCAGCUGCGAGGCGAAGGCCCUACCAGGAAACGUGACAGUCAAAUGGUUCCGUGAGGGUGCUCCAGUGAAGGAAGUCACGGCGCUAGAAACACGCGUCACUAUCCGCAAAGACGGCGCACUCGUCGUAAACCCAGUGAGCGCCGACGACUCCGGCCAGUACUUGUGCGAAGUCAGCAACGGAAUCGGAGAACCGCAGUCAGCCUCAGCCUAUCUCAACGUCGAAUAUCCAGCCAAGGUGACUUUCACCCCGACCGUUCAGUACCUACCGUUCCGUUUGGCUGGGGUCGUCCAAUGUUACAUCAAAGCGAAUCCGCCCUUGCAAUAUGUAACUUGGACUAAAGACAAGCGUUUGCUCGAACCCUACCAAACGAAAGACAUAGUGAUAAUGAACAACGGUUCGCUACUCUUCACACGCGUUAACCAGAACCAUCAGGGUCGUUACACCUGCACUCCGUAUAACGCGCAAGGCACCCAAGGAUCGUCCGGACCCAUGGAGGUGCUCGUUAGGAAACCUCCGGUCUUCACCAUCGAACCAGAGGCUAUGUACCAGAGGAAAGUGGGCGAAACGGUAGAAAUGCAUUGCGAAGCCCAAGAAGCCGAGGGUACACAAAAACCUAAUAUCCAGUGGCAGCGAAGGGACGGCGCACCGCUGCAGAAAAAUAGAGUCCGAGUAACAGGAGGAAACAUCACCAUAGAGUCGUUGCGACGUUCCGAUUUCGGUUUUUACCAAUGCGUAGCUUCUAAUGAAGUGGCCACUAUUGUCACGGCUACCCAACUUGUCGUUGAAGGGACUCAACCCCAUGCGCCUUACAAUCUAAGCGGUGUAGCCUCCGAGUUCGCCGUAACACUAAGUUGGCUCCCCGGCUACAGCGGAGGACCCGACUACAAGCAGGAUUACACGAUCUGGUAUCGAGAAGCAGGCGUUUCCGAAUGGUCUACCAUCCCUGUAACACCUUCUGGUAGCAUGCAAGUGACUAUAAAUCGUCUUGCACCUGGCACCACCUACGAGUUUCAAGUCAUCGGAAAGAACGCGCUCGGCGAUGGCAUGAUGAGCAAAGUGAUCACCGCUCGAACAUUAGAAGUGGGAUUACCGCAUAAGGUGCAAGUAACCCCGACACCGUUCUUGCCAGCCAGCGACGACGCCGGACCCAAACCUGGACCACCGAGGAAUCUAACGGUAACGGAAAUACCGAAUGGUUUUCUUAUAACUUGGCAACCGCCGAUUGAGCGGUCUCAGCUAAUCCAAUACUACACCAUCAAAUACCGCACUGACGGACCAUGGAAGAAUCUGAACAAGAAUUCGAUAAGGCCAGAGGAUACGCAAUAUUUAGUUAAGAACCUGGUUGGAGGAAGGACGUACUACUUCAGGGUGUUGGCGAAUUCGUUGAAGAGCUACGAGAGCAGCGAAGAGGUAAAGUUUCCGGUUCCGGCGCGCGUCAAACACAAAGCCAUCACUGCAGGCGUGGUCGGGGGAAUUCUGUUCUUCAUCGUUGCAAUAAUUCUGUCCGUCUGCGCCGUCAAGAUUUGCAAUAAACGCAAGCGGCGGAAACAGGAGAAAGCUUACAACAUGGUGGCGUGUCGAAUUACGGACUCGAGGAACGGUGGAGGAAAUGCAUCAGAUAGUCAAGUGCCUUUGAAAAAACUUAGAAAAGGCCGAAUACCAGGUGUGAACGUGCUCGCUUUCGUGGUGAAUUGGGUGUGGCCGAAGGACAGGUGCCGAUCGAGCAGUGGUAGUAGUUUGAAUUGGUCUCACCGCCACCACCAUCUUCACCACCAUCACCAUCACCAUUCAGACUACCUUCAGGCCCCAUCGAAAUCCCUGGGCAGAAUAUCGAGGACGGCUGACGGUCGUUUCGUGCUGGGCGACUCAUCUUUGAGGGCCGAGAGUUUGUCAAACAUCUCGAGCAGCGAUGACGGGGGCUUCCUCACGCGAAGAUCCAUACCUAACAGGGCAUCCUGGAGGAAACCGCUGAUCGGAUAUCCAAGCGAGCUAAGCUUAAGAUCGGACGCUUCCGGACAGAGUGCGCGUAUUGUUUCCGGUUAUCUGGGCGGUUUGUAUCCUGUGAAACCGAUUCCGACUAUCUACGGAAGCCAGAUCCAAUCGAGCUCACCCGUGCAGGUGCUGUCACCAUGGACACCGUACUUCAGUGAUCUCAGCUCGGUUCGGUAUCCUAGCAGCGCGGAACGCUCAUACCCGACGCCCCCCGGAUUCGUGCAACUGAGAUCCGUGCACGAAAGGUACUCUCAAGAGUUGCCCAGUUUACGGGCGAUACACGAGGAAUCUCAAGGAUUCAUACCAGUCCAUCCCAUCAGGGAGAGUCCCCGUAUCCGUGGACCGUACUCGAGAUCACGAGCCAAGCUUCUUCCGAGACACGCGCGUAUCGCCAGAAGCGCCCCCGAACUGGGCUCACCAUCAGACAGAUCACCAGAGAGUCGAUCCAGCUCCAGCGGUUUCGGUUCCAAGAAUACAUCGCAAACCCAGAACCAGAGCUCUCAAAGUGGCAGCACCUUCAUGGAAUGGAAGUUGCCACCCUACAGACCGCCUCCGCCACCACCAUCAGCCACCCUCCCGCCACCACCACCUUUAGUCACCCACUGGCUAGAGCUGACGUCAUCUUCUCCAUCCACGUCCGAGCACAAAGCUGUGGACGUCGGCAGCGUCGAUGGUCAUUACGAAUUCGAUCCAUCCACUCCAACGCCCACAGCAAGCACUCCAACUGGUCCUCGCGAAAUCGACUUCGACGCUCCAACAUUUCGCAAAAAUUACGGCCCAACAUCCAUCCGCUCCAUACGGUACGACAACAUCGAUGCCCGAGUGCAAGCCAUGAAAGAGGAAUUCAACGAGUUUAGGAAGAGACAAGCGAAACGCCGCCGAAGCCACGAACUCGAGAGUGCGUGCUAACACUUGCCCCAAAACUCCCAACCCCUUCGAAAAAAAAUAAAAAGAAGAAGAAAAA